GCCGCUCCGCCCCUUCCGUCCGUACCGGAAGUGGAGGCCGAGGCGGCGGUGCGGGGCGGUGCGGGGAGCCGAGCGCGGAGUUGAGCGCGGAGCGCUGUGUUGCAGAUGCCCGUGACCGUGGGCCCGUACGGGCAGUCGCAGCCCAGCUGCUUCGACAGAGUGAAGAUGGGCUUCGUGAUGGGCUUCGCCGUGGGCAUGGCCGCGGGAGCGCUGUUCGGUACCUUCUCGUGCCUCAGGAUUGGCAUGAGAGGACGAGAGCUGAUGGGCGGCGUUGGCAAAACGAUGAUGCAGAGCGGUGGGACGUUCGGGACGUUCAUGGCUAUAGGCAUGGGAAUCCGCUGCUGAACCGGAGCUCGGGCUUCUAAUCCAAAGCGUCCCUGCGCAGCCACCCCCUGUACCAUAAUCAAUAAAGUCUUUAGAUACUGAAAUGCA